AUGACUGAGACCAGAUCCUCUAUCAGAAAUCUUGAAACACAAGUGGUGAAGUUGGCCAAUAUGCUGAAUAAUAGACCUCGGGGAAACUUGCCUAGCAACACUGAUGUUAAUCCUAAGGAGAAAUGUCAGGCAAUUACUCUGAGGAGUGGUAAACAAAUUGAGCAGUCUAGUGUACAACAAUCAAUGGUUCAAAAUGAAGGUUUGGGUGAAAAGUCUGAUAUAGUUGAGCAAGGGGUUACUCAAGACACAAAGAGUACAGAGAAGAUUCCUCUAGUUGUUGUUGACCAGCCAGCCCGAGUUCCAUAUCCUCAGAGGCUUAAAAAAACUACUCUUGAUAAACAAUUUUAUAAGUUUUUAGAGGUGUUCAAAAAGCUGCACAUCAAUAUUCCUUUUGCUGAGGCUUUGGAGCAGAUUCCCAAUUAUGUAAAGUUCAUGAAAGAGAUUCAAUCUAAGAAAAGAAAGAUGGAAGACUAUGAAAUUGUGGCGCUCACUGAAGAAUGUAGUGCAAUAUUGCAAAGGAAGUUGCCCCAAAAGUUGAGAGAUCCAGGGAGCUUUACUAUACCUUGCACAAUUGGAAAAUUUGAGUAUCGAUCGCUACAACAUCCACGGGGUAUCAUUGAAGAUGUUCUUGUGAAGGUGGAUAAGUUUAUUAAUUCUGCUGAUUUUAUUGUUCUUGAUAUGGAAGAGGAUGUAAACGUGCUUAUCAUUCUUGGAAGACCAUUCCUAGCCACAGACCAAGCUCUCAUUGAUGUUCAGAAUGGUGAAUUAAAGCUUCGGGUUCAAGGAGAUGAGGUGGUAUUCAAUGUCUUCAAGGAAAUGGCAUAUCUGAGGGCUAGUGACAGUUGUUAUAGUGUGGAUGUGAUAGAUAACGCAGUCUAA